UGAGGAUAAACAAAUCUUCCCACGAGGAUAAACAAAUCUUCCCAUGAAAUCAUUCAUGAGGAUAAACACAUCUUCCCGUGAAACCCUUCACAAGGAUAAACAAAUAAACAAGUCAUUGCAGACUGAUUAUAACAAAAAAAAACUAAAUUCUAUUUGCUAGUUGAGUGUCCUUUAAAUACUGUGUUAGAGCUGUUACUGCUGAUUGUGUGAAUGGCUGACUUAAUAAGUUAUCUAUAGUUACAGAUUUUCUUAAUGUUCUCCCCAUCUUCUCUCUUUCACUGGAAUACUGUGUACAGUGUAUAAGAACAUGCUCAACCUUUUCUACUUCUCCACAGUAUGCACAGGCCUCAGAAUGAUGUUUCCCUAUUGUAUACAACCCACUAUUUAGACUUGUGUGUCCUAUCCUCAGCCUCGUCAACCAAACCUCCUCCUGUCGUUUCAGUUCACCACCCCUUCUAAACACCACCUCCUUUUGUAAAUUAUAUAGAUGCCUUCCUUUCUCCUCUGUAUUCCAUCUCUCCUGCCACAUUUUGUUGAUGUUGUCUUUAAUUAUUACUUUAAUUUCUGCCUUGCUUAAUGUGACUUCUAACUCAACCUCAUUUGCCUUGAUGGCCUCUUUGGCCAUUUUAUCCACUUUCUCAUUACCCUCAACCCCCUUAUGAGCUGGAACCCAUGUGAACUGAAUAAAAGUUUUAUGUUGAUUUAUCUUAAAUACGAGAUGGUUAAUUUCAUCUAAGAGAUCUUGUCAGCAUGUAGAUUUUCCACUCUGGAUACUAUUUAAGGAAGACAUAGAAUCUGAGCAAAUAACUGCUUUACUAGGCUUCACCUCCUCCACCCACUGCAGGGCCAGUAUAAUAGCCAUCAUUUCUGCUGAAAAAAUUGACAAGUGAUCUGAUGUCCUUUUCCCAAUACUUAUAUUGUAGCUGGGGAUGAAUACUGCUGCUCCUGUCUUACCAGUUUCGUCUUUAGAAGCAUCUGUAUAUAUCUGUGUCGUGUCAUCAUACAUUACUUCUAAAUACUGCUGUACAUUCUGGUAAAAACCUCUGGAUUUUGCAAUCUCCUUAGUUUUCAAAUUUACAAUACGGAACUAAAAUAACCAAGGGGGAAUGAUUGACCUUGUAAUUGUUUUGCAAAGAGGAAUGUCACUGAUCCCCAAUUGAUCUGCCUGCUGAUUACCAUCCCACCCAAAACUGCGUACGGGUCGACCAUACUCCCAGCAUUCCCUUAGUACCUGUUUGGUUGGGUGAUUAUCUUCAUGACCCUGUAGGUUUAGCCAAUAUGAUACUGAUAAUUUCAGUCGCCUGAGGUCCAGUGGCAUCUCCCCUACUUCCACCUGAAGUGCUGGGACUGGAGAGGUCCUGAAGGCACCACAGCAUAUACGGAGGGCUUUGGCUUGUAUCUUGUUUAGCUCUAACAAGGAAGUCUUGGCUGCUGAAUUAUAUGCUAUACAUCCAUAAUCCAAUACUGGUCGGAUUAGGGCACUAUAAAUUCUUUUCAAGGAUGUGCUUGAUGCCCCCCAGUCAUUCCCUGCUAAGCAUUUCAGAAUAUUAAUUCCCUUUUUACAUUUGUCUAUAACCUUUUGAAUAUGAUUUUUAAAAGAAAGUUUGAUAUCGAACCAUACACCAAGGUAUCUUAAAUUAUCCGUUUGCUUGAGUGGCUGCCCAUACAACCUGAGGUCUACUGUAGGGUUAACCCUUUUUUUUGAGAAACAUAUAACUUGUGUCCUUUCAACAGAUAAAUGAAACCCCCACUCAUGUGACCAUCUUUCAACCUCAUUUAUAGCUAUUUGCAUUCUGUUCCUUAGACUACCAGAAUUUUGGCCUCUCACCCACAGUGCUCCAUCAUCUGCAUAAAGUGCUCUACUGAUUCUGGAAUCAAUAUUGUUAAAAACAUCAUUAAUCAUUAUAUUAAAUAGAAUUGGGCUGCAGAUGCUACCCUGUGGGGUACCAUUUUCUAUAGCGUAGAUAUUUGAAUGGCUCGCUCCAACUCUUACCUCUAUGGUUCUAUUCCUUAAAAAAUCUCUAAUCCAAUUGAACAUUUUGCCUUCUAUUCCCAUUUUAUUCAAUUUAAGUAAAAGACCCUCUUUCCAGAGCAUAUCAUAUGCUUUUUCAAGAUCAAAGAAUGUUGCCAAGACUGACUCCUUAUUUGCUUGAGCUUUCCUAAUUUCAUUUUCUAGGCAGAUUAUUGGAUCCAUAGUAGUACGGCCAUUUCUAAACCCACUUUGAUGUGGAGAGAAAAGACUUCUUUUUUCAAUCUCGUAUACUAACCUCUUAGUUAUCAUCCUUUCCAUUAACUUACAAAGAUUAGAUGUUAGUGCUAUAGGCCUAUAGCUUUUGACCUCUGCUUUAUCCUUAACUGGUUUAGCUAUAGGUACCAGUACUGAAUGUUUCCAGCUAGAGGGCAGCUUACCUUGCUCACAAAUUUUAUUAUAUAACUUUAAAAUCACACUUUUAGCCACAUCAGAUAAUUGUUCAAUCAUUUUGUAACAAAUUCUAUCUUUACCUGGAGACCAGUGGCGGCUGGCAGUCUUUCAAACAGGGGAGGCUGGUCGGUUACGAUAUUUCCAGAUUUUAAAAGAAAAAACAUCAAUUUUGCCCAUACUCUUGCCUCUGAUCUGGCUGAUUGUUGGCAGGGUCACAAACUGUGAAAUAACAGGUUCUUUUGGCCCAUUAGCCUACUGUCCAAUAUACAUGAUGGUGGUGUUGGGGGGUAUAUUUUAACAUUUUAUAUUUUAAAAUUGUGGCAUGUUGUUUAAAAAUUGACCUUGGCUGUGUUUUUGUUUAAAAAUGUUUUCCAAAUUGCAGCGGUGUUUAAUUCAUAUCCAGAAAAACAUAUAUUCCAAUAUAAUAUACUCAGCAUAAACAUUUUAAAUAGAUUCUAUAUUUUUGGUCCAUCAAUGACAUAUUACUAAAGUAGCCUAUUUACUGUUGUUGAUGUGGGUCACUUGCUGUUAGCCAAUUCACUUUCUCGUACCAGGAGAGCUAAAAGGAACGAGUAUUAUUCCCUACCUUUUUCACCAAGUCAAUUUGAGGCGUUGGUCUACCCUGCUCUUUAAUUUUAAUUUUUUCCUCGAAAGGAAGACUGGCAAAUGGCUUCGCCAAAAUUAAAUCAGUAAUGCUUGGCAUCCGUGCGCAGCUUUCUUGCUAGCUGACUAGCCCCCUCAAGUUCAAGUUCAGUCACUCAAAUAAAUGAAAUUUCUGGAACUAAGAUAGCAAGCUUGACAACACUAUAUUUACACUUUAUUUACAAUGAAAAUAUAUACAAACUAAAAAAGCUGGUAGAAACCGUAUGUAAUGAAUGAAAUCGAAAUGUAAGCCGAUCUCUUACAAUACACCACAGCACUUGUGAAUUCGCAUGGGACUGAACUGAUGUUGCCAGAUACUGCUGACGUUAUCCAGCCCAAAAUAUGUUCAAAACCCGCCAAAAUGCACUUAAGACCACCCAAUUGGGCGGGAAACCACCCAAUCUGGCAACACUGUACCGCUGCCUGUCUAUAGUUGAAACGAGCUGUCAAUCAAAGAAAAUAUCCGGCCGCUUUCACCAAUCACCAGUCUCCUCGCGGAAACUGCCAUGUCCCUCCCAUGUGAGGCUCGGAGUCCGUGGGCGGGCAUUUUCACAGUAUUUGUCCAAUAACCAUCUUGCAUUUUGAGAUUGAAAAGCGCAUAGCUCCCAAAUGCCGUUGAAGUCUAUUGAGGCUGGGGGUCCGUGAGACUCCGUGGACGGGCGUUUUCGCAGUAUUUGUCCAAUAAUCGUCUUGCAUUUUGAGAUUGACAAGCACAUAGCUCCCAAUCCACUGAGGCUGGGCUGCAUCACGCUGUCACGAGGGGGAAAAACUCACGCACACAUUAGGCGAACUGGGGAAAGUUAUAACGGAAUGAUUUCGCACUGCAGUGGGUUGAGCACAUAUAUUUCUAUGAUUCUGGAUCUGAAAUAGCAAUGUUAUAAGCUCGGCUAUAACAUAAGCCUAGCACAAUUCAUCCUACACAAUGUUCGUCAUUUUUAGAGGAGGCUGAGCCUCCCUCGUUGUCUUAGAGCAAUCGCCCAUGCUGGAGACAUAUUUUUAACACCCACUAAUGCUCUUUUCAGUUCAAAUAGUGUAAAAUUCUUAUCAAGUGCGCCCUCACUUAUAUCUUUCUUUCCUAAUAAGUUUCCAUUAUCUUCAAUCAUUUUUGUUCUCCAUAAUAACUCUUCAUUUGUUAAGUUUUUAGAGCUAUGCACUUUAACAAAGGCCCUAGCAAGCAUCUCUGCUUUUUCAUCAUUAUUUACUGCUUCACCAUCACUAUCUUUAAUUACUGGUAAAGAGAAAUCCCUUCUUAUUCCUCCCAUCUUUCUGAUCAUUCCCCAUAUCUCGGAGACCUUAACUUCUGAUCCAAUAUUAUUACAGAAACUCCUCCAGUAAUUCCUCUUAGUUUCCCUUAUUACUCUUUUAGCUUGAGACUGUGCCUUUUUAUAUAGUAUUAAAUUAUUGAAGGAAUGAUUUGAUUUGAUUUCACCAUUCUAAAUGCUUUAUUUCUGGCUUUGACCGCUUUUUUACAUUCAUCUGACCACCAUGGCAUCAUUUUCUUUUCCCUUAUCCCAGAAGACUCACCCAGAACCUCCUCUGCUGACUCAUAUAAUAUAUUUGUGAUUAUGGAAUUUACUAAUUCAACAUCACUUAAGUUUGACAUAUUCUCCAUAAGUUUGCCACUUGCCUUCAUGCUAUAUAGCCCCCAAUUAGCCUCUCUCAUUUUCCAUCUUGGGUACCAGUUGUCUUCCACAUUAACAUUCUGCUCUUGUAUCUUGGUCCAAAUUGGGUAAUGAUCACUUCCUAAUGGGUUAUUAUUAAGAACUUCCCACUGACUGACUCCUGCUAAUCGUUCUGAAAGUAAGGUAAGGUCAAGUGCUGAUUCUGUUCCAUGUACUAGAUCAAACCUAGUGCCUGUUCCAUCAUUUAAACAGACUAGAUUGUGGUCAUCCAUAAACUCCUCAACAGUACUCCCAUUAUCAUCUGUUCUUAUGCUUCCCCAUAAUGUGUUAUAAGCAUUGAAGUCUCCACAUAAAAUAUUUCUACAAUUUCCCUCCACACAAAAACUAUCUAAAAAAUCUCUUCUAAUCUUUUGACAAGGGUUAUAGAAGUUAAUUAUUUUAAACUUAAUUCUACCCACCCAUACUUCCACUGAUAUUGCUUCAAUUUCUUUAUUUAUACUUUGUGCUUUGUAAUUAAGUCCCUGUUGAAUAAAUGUGGCUACUCCCCCACCUGUUCCUAGGCUUCUAUCUUUGCGUACUGCUACAUAUCCAUAGAUUAUAAAGUCAAGUGAUGGCUUUAACCAUGUUUCUUGAAUACAAAUGAUAUUAGGUUUAACCUGCUGUUCUUCAAUAAAAUGUUUAAAUUCUUGCCCAUUCGCAAUUAAACUCCUGGCAUUCCACUGUAAUAUGGACAAUACCAUUAUAAAACACCACCACAUGACUGCUGACUUGCAGACACUCUGGUCGCUAAUACUGCAUUUACAGACUCAACGGAUAAUUCCCCUAUAUCCAGGUACUUUUCUGCUGCUCUUGUGAUAAACUUUAUUCUCUCUGUUCUGCUAUCUGUCUGAGCUGAGCAAUUGAUAACUUCCACUAUGAAGGCAACAAACUUUUUCUUCUCCACAAUCAAGGUGUCUUCAGAAAUUUUAUAAUUCAAAGAUUGUGCAACUCUUUGAGUAGGAGGUUGAGACACAGGUCGAGACACAGAUACUGCUUUAGCAUCAGAUCGUACUUUGCUAUCUAUCUUUUUGAUUGCAUCAGCAUAGGUAAGUUUCUCCUUCACCCUUAUGUUUUGAAUCCGUACUGCUCUUUUAUGGGCCUCACAUCCUUUAUAAGCAGCGCUGUGCUCCCCUCCACAGUUACAACACUUUAUUUUAGUUCCUACAGCACACUUGCCAUAUUCAUGUCCCCCCCCACACUUAGCACACCUGGCUUUAGCCCUACAGGCUGCAGCAAUAUGCCCAGACCUUUGGCAUUUAAAACACCUUGUUGGUGGAGGAAUGUAUGCUCGUACUGCAUAACUGACAUACCCAAUCUUAACUCUUUCCGGUAAUCGCUCUUCGUCCAGAGCUAUCAUAACUGACAAACUAGGACUUGUAACUCCAUCUCUUGUAAUAGGCAAACAUUUCACCUUGGUUACUCUAACCCCUUUCAUGUUAACUCGGAUCUAUUCCUCUGUCAACUCAAUAGAUACUCCAGAUAUCACACCCAUACACUUUCCCUUUUCCUCCCACACUUGCGGCUUUAUCGCUUUCCCCAAUAGUGUUUUACACUUCAUUAACCCCUGCUGCUGGUCUCUAUCCCUACACACAAUCAUCAAAUUGCCAUCUCUUAAAGUUUGUACUUCACCUACUAACUUGUAUACUGCCUCACUAACUUUUAAAGGAUUUAAAGUACACGGGGAUUGGAAUCUAAGGAUAACUUUUAUUUCAUUUCUUUUACCUUCCUCCCUCCUCUCUUCAUCGGGUUCUAGUUCUUUCCUUUUCUUACUUCCUUGAUUGACCCUCUGCCAUUCUCCUGAGUAUGUAUUUCUCUCAUUGUAGUCGCUUGACGCUAGAUCACCACCUUCAUCUGCCUCCUCAAUCCCCUCCAUCUCACUCACUUCCUGCAAAUCCCGGAUCACACCUCCAGCCCCCCAAAACUCCACUCAGCCGAAAUCUCGAAGAUUUAAAUGGGAAGAAGUUCCGUUCAAACACUGUUGAAGCAAGAACCUCUCCACCGCGCGCGCAUUCAACUGCCUUCUUCUUCUUCUUCUCGCCAAAUUCGUAUGAUUCCGGCAAAGUUCCCUUCUGAGAACGGCCUAUUUAUACACAGCAGAGCAGACCAGGAAGUGAAUGCUGGCAAGAUGGAAGUCCCGUCCCAGAUCCGGAUUGCGCUGAACUGGGAGAUAGUAAAUCUCCGGAGUGGAAGUCCGGGGCGGAUCAUGACAGAGUUCUCCUGCACCUCCUCCUAAGCUUGGAGCAGCAGGGGAGGUCAAAGCAUAGUUAUAGCAGUGAUGAAGUACAGCUACCAGAACAUUGUGUCUCAGUACACACGUCAGAGCACAUAUACCUCAACACACUACACCCCUACCCAUUACACUCCAGAGCACUAUUCCACAAGCUCCUACUCCACAAGCCACUACAGUCCACCAAAGUAUACGCCGACCUACUACACUCCACCUGCUUACACCCCGACUUACAAAAGCACUUCUUCCUCCUACACGUCUAUCUACAGUAAGCCCUCGCGCCAUGUCAGCAACCAUAGUACACCUGUACAGCAGACCCCCAUUGCAACGAGCAAGCCUAAUCGGACUGUCCGCUUCACCAAUGAUGUCAUCUUUCAGGACCAUGUUCGGCAUGGAGAUCUGGAAAUGAUUGGCCGCUUUAUGAGAGCGAAGAAAGUGCGAGUGGACACAAUCUUCCACUCUGGCAUGGCAGCUCUCCAUGAGGCUGUUCUUUCAGGGAACUUGGAGUGUGUGAAGCUUCUGAUAAAAUAUGGAGCUGAUGUUCAUCAAAGAGAUGAGGAUGGUUGGACACCUCUGCACAUGGCCUGCAGUGAUGGCUACCCUGAGAUUGCACGGUAUCUGCUUUUUCUAGGUGCUAGUGCAGAAGCUGAAAAUGCAAAUGGGGAGAAACCAGCAGAUCUUAUUGACCCCGACUGCAAAGAGUUGGUCAAACUGUUUGAAGUGGGGUGUGUCUAAGGGCCAGCAUAAGGAACAUAAAAGAAUUGCAAAGAAAUGGUUCCUCUGGACUCAAGUCCAUUUAAGAGGAUGGUUUAAGUACCUCUUUUUUUUGAGAAUGGAGCUUGGAAGAAGGACAUUCAGAUAUUUUCUUUUCUGAAAGAAAAAACA